CCUGCACACCUGCUCCGCUCCGUCUGUCACCGUCUGACAGACCGGAGGGUCCUCCUCCUGCCUUCGUCCUCCCCUCCGUCCUCACUGGAGCUCCGUUCUUGUGUCCACAUUGUGCGCUCUACCUUUGGCUGUUUGGUCUGGAUUUGUACUUUGGGUCUCUUCCCCCUCCUGGUGGAUUUAACCUGUCCGUUUAGUCACCCACACGUAACCUAAAACUUUUAACACCCGGUGCCCUGUUAUCGAUGGCGGACAGUGUGCGCCCCGAGGACUACUGCGACGAGCCGGUCGAGGACGAGUUUGGAGAGAUAAUCAAGUCUCGAUCUGAUGAAAGGGAAGACGUUCAAAAGAAGACUUUCACAAAAUGGGUAAACUCACAGUUGGCUAAGACAGGAAAACCACCCGUGGAGGAUUUGUUCUCAGAUCUGUGCGAUGGAAGACGCUUGCUGGAGCUGCUGGAGGGGCUGGCAGGACAUGAGCUGGUGAGGUUGGAGAGGGGAUUCACACGCGUUCACUCGCUCAACAAUGUCAACCGUGCUCUGCAGAUCUUGCAGAAGAACAAUGUUGAAUUGGUGAAUAUCGGAGCAGCAGACAUCGUUGAUGGGAAUCACAAACUGAUUCUCGGGCUCAUCUGGAGCAUCAUUCUUCACUGGCAGGUAAAGGAUGUGAUGAAGGAUGUGAUGGCAGGCCUACAGCAGACCAACAGUGAGAAGAUUCUGCUGAGUUGGGUUCGUCAGAACACGCGCCAGUAUCCUCAGGUCAAUGUGGUUAACUUCUCCAGUAGCUGGAAUGAUGGAUUGGCCUUCAAUGCCCUCAUCCACAGCCACAGACCUGAGCUUUUUGAUUGGAGCGUAGUAGAGAAGAAGACGUCUGUGAUCGACCGACUGGAACACGCCUUUAAUAAGGCAGAACAACACCUUGGGAUAGAGAGACUGCUGGACCCUGAGGAUGUGGCGGUGCCUCACCCUGACAAAAAGAGUGUCAUCAUGUACGUGACAUCACUCUUCCAGGUUCUUCCCCAAAGCAUUUCCAUGGAAGCCAUCCAGGAGGUGGAGACGCUGCCGCGGGCAACUGUAACCAGCAUUGCCCGGGUGACGACAGAGGAGCACUAUCAGGUCCAGACCCAGCAGCGUUUUUCCCAGCAGAUCACAGUGAGUGUGGCUCAAGGCCGAGUGCGGAGUCCCUCCCCUCAGCCUCGCUAUAAAAGCUAUGCCUACACCCAGGCUGCAUAUGUCAAGUCGCCUGAGCAAAAGAGGAGGCGUUUUACUGAUCAGUUCCUAAGUCCUGGCCAGGAGGAGCUACAGCGAGGCCUCAGUCCUUUGCCUCCAGGCUCCACCAGCCUGGAGAGCUACCAGGCUGCACUGGAGGAGGUGUUGACAUGGCUGCUGUCGGCUGAAGAUGGGCUCCAGGGCCAGCCUCCAAUCUCCAACAAUGUGGAAGAGGUGAAGGAGCAGUUCCACACACAUGAGGGGUACAUGGUGGAGCUGACCACCCACCAAGGCAGCGUGGGGCGGGUCCUCCGGGCUGGCGCCGCCCUGCUGGGGGAGGGGAACCUGAGUGAAGAGGAGGACUCUGAAGUCAGGGAGCAGAUGAACCUCCUGAAUUCCCGGUGGGAGCACCUGAGAGUGGCUAGCAUGGAGAGACAGAGCAGACUCCAUGAGGUCCUGAUGGACCUGCAGCACCAGCAGUUGCAGCAGCUCACAAAUUGGUUGGAUGUAACGGAGGCACGGAUUAAGAGGAUGGGGGCCCAACCACUGGGUCCUGACCUAGAGGACGUCAAGCACCAAGUUGAAGAGCACAAGCUCCUCCAGGAGGACCUGGAGCUGGAGCAGGUGAGGGUGAACUCUCUCACCCACAUGGUGGUAGUGGUGGACGAGACCAACGGAGACAGCGCCACUGCUGUUUUGGAGAGCAAACUUCAGGUGCUAGGUGACCGCUGGGCUGCCAUUUGUAGAUGGACAGAAGAACGCUGGAUUCUACUUCAGGAGAUUUUACUGAAAUGGCAGCACUUCACUAAUGAACAGUGUUUAUUUGACUCUUGGCUGACUCAGAAGGAGGAGCUGGUUCGCUCCAUCAAGACCUCCAACCUGAAGGACCAGCCAGAGAUGGUGGCCUGCCUCCGCCAUCUUGCUACGGUGAAGGCAGACUUGGAGGUGAAGCGUCCCACCAUGGACAAGUUAUGCUCCAUGAGUCAGGACCUGCUGUCCAGCGUCAAGAACAAAGAGGUGGCCAGCAAACUGGAGGCUAGACUGGACAGCUUCGCCCAGCGCUGGGACCGACUGGUCCAGAGUCUGGAGAUGAGCAGCUCCCUGCUCUCAUCGGCUGUCAGCGUGGCCCAGCAGUCUGAGCUGACCCACUCUGUCACAGCGACCGUUACCAAGGUGACAACAAGGGAGAAGGUGUCAGCUGUGCGCCAGACCCGAGAGUCACCGCCACCACAGAAGAAGAGACAAGUUGUGGUGGAUUCUGAACUCCGAAAAAGUUACAUGCACCCCUUUCUACUGUCUUAUCUCAGCAGGUUUGACGUGGACUUCACAGAGGUCCACAGCUACAUGACCCGGGGCGAGGCCAUCCUACAGAGCCCCGAGUUCUCUGUGUCACGCAAGGACGGCAGCAUUCAGGAGCUGCAUGACAAAGUCCAGGUGAUAGAAAGAGAGCGGCCAGAGAAAUACCGAAAGCUUCAGGAAGCAACACGCACAGCGCAGACCCUGGUCGAGCAGGAAGGGAGUCGUGCUGAUGACAUUGCCCAGGCAGCGGAGCAGCUGAACCAGCGCUGGGUGGGAUUCUGUGCCCUGUUGGCAGACAGGCUGGCAUGGCUGGCUUACCAGACAAAGGUGCUGGUCUUCUACAGCUUAUAUGAGCAGUGUGAGCAGGCUGUGGACAGCAGUGAGAACUGGCUCAAAGUCCAGGCACCCCCAUCAUCUGAACCAGAAACACUCAAAGUACAACUGGACCGAUGCCAGCACUUUUCUGAGGAAGUGGCUCGCCUGGCCUCCCUGCUGCCUCAGGUGGAUGUUUUGGAGAAGCAGCUGAAGGAGCUGAAGGAGGCAAAGGAAGGGGAAGAGGACCCUUCAGCCUUCCUGGAUGCCGACAUCAAUGCCCUCAAAGAGCACUACCAGAAGGUCCUGGAGGAUCUGAGGGCGAGAGAGAGACAGUUACAACUGGUUUUGGAGAGCUUGCCCCCAGCUCGUUAUAAGGAAACGAUAUCGACACUGUUGGCAUGGUUACAACAGUGUGAGGCCAAGCUGGCCAUCCCAUCUACGGCUGUUACAGAGUAUCCUAUAAUGGAACAGAGACUAAAGGACAUUCAGGCCCUCCAGGUAGCUUUGGCUGAACACCAAGGGGAGGUGGAUUACCUGACCUCAGCUGUGGAGCAGGUCUUCCAGAAAGCUCCACCAGACAUCAGCCAGAAGUAUCGCAUAGAGAUGGAUGCCGUCAUGGCACGUUGGAGACGACUUGGCACCAUGCUGACAGACAACGCCCAAAGAAUUCAGGAGCUCAUGGCCAAACUGAUGCAGUUUGAGAAUGAUGUAAAGACUUUAAAAAAGUGGAUGGCAGAUGUGGAUGUGUUCCUGAACGAGGAAUGGCCAGCACUGGGAGACUCUGAAGCUCUGGAGAAACAGUUAGAGCAGUGCACGGCUCUGGUGAAUGACAUCCACACCAUCCAACCCAGCGUCAACGGCAUUAAUGAAGUGGGUCUGUACCUAAAGAAAGAGGCAGAGCCACCGUUUGCCAUCCACAUCCAGAAAGAACUGGACGAUCUCAACGGCCAGUGGGAGAACGUCUGCAAACAGGCCUAUGCUAAGAAGUCCGCUCUGAAAGGUGGCCUUGAUAAGACCAUGGCUCUGAGAAAGGAGAUGCAGGAGAUGCAGGAGUGGAUCAACCAGGCUGAGGAAGACUAUCUGGAGAGAGAUUUCACAUACAAGACACCCGAAGAGCUACGCAAGGCUGUGGAGGAGCUUAAGAGGGCCCAGGAAGAGGUCCACUCCAAGGAGCUAAAGGUCAAACUCCUGACUGACAGUGUCAACAGUUUCAUUGCCAAGGCCCCACCCACGGCCCAUGAUGCCUUGCGGUCAGAAUUGGAGGUGUUGACGGCCAACUACCAGCGCCUGUGUAGCCGUCUGGAUGGGAAAUGUAAGACUCUGGAGGAGGUUUGGGCAUGUUGGUGUGAGUUGCUCUCCUACCUGGAGCAGGAAAACGCCUUCCUGGACCAGCUGGAGCAGAAGCUGGAUGAGACGGAAAACCUCCAAGGAGGUGCGGAGGAGCUGCAGGAGGCGCUGGAUAGUCUAGAGGUUCUUUUGCUGCACCCAGAGGACAACAGAAACCAGAUUCGGGAGCUGGCCCAGACGCUGAUGGACGGAGGCGUUCUGGAUGAACUUAUACAGCAAAAACUGGACGCUUUCAACAUACGAUGGGAUGAGCUUAUGGCGAGGGCAGCGCUUAGGCAGAAGGAACUGGAGAAGAGUGUCAAGUGGGCCCAGGAGAAUGACAAGACGCUGAGAGAGAUCCAGGAUUCGCUGGCCAACACCGACCGCCACCUCACUGCGUACCUGGCUGACCUUAUAGACGCCCAGCAGAUACCGCAGGAGGCUCAGAAAAUCCAGUCGGAGCUGAGUGGCCAUGAUGCGACCCUGGAGGACAUGAGGAAGAAGAACCAGGACAAAGAGACGUCCCAGAGGGUCAUGGGACAGAUAGACCUUACCCAGAAAAUGCUGACAGAUGUGUGGACGAAGUUCCGCCUUUUUCAGAAACCGGCAAACUUUGACAGUCGACUGGCCGAGUGUGAGCGCAUGCUGGCUGGGGUCAAAAGCCAGGUGGGGGUGCUGGACAUCCGCAGUGUGGAGCAGGACGUGGUACAGUCACAGCUGGAUCAGUGCAUGAAGUUAUACAAGGUGCUGAGUGAAGUGAAAGGGGAGGUGGAAACGGUGAUAAAAACAGGCAGACAGAUCGUCCAGAGGCAGCAGACAGAGCAGCCCAAAGAGCUGGACGACAGGGUGACCGCCCUCAAACUGCUCUACAACCAGCUGGGCUCACAGGUAACUGAGAGUAAACUGGAGCUGGAGAAAAGUCUGAAGUUGUCCAGGAAGCUGCGUAAGGAGCUGAACGGGCUGACUGAGUGGCUCGCCGCAACUGAUGCUGAAUUGACCAGACGCUCUGCUGUGGACGGUAUGCCCAGUGACCUGGAGGCUGAGGUGGCAUGGGCACAGUCCAUCCACGGGGAGACAGAGAGGCGUCAGCCACAGCUACAGGCCGUGGUGGACCUUGCAGAGGCCCUCAAGGCGGUGCUCCGGGGUCAUGGGGGCCUGGUGGACGACAAAGUCAGCCUGCUGCGCUGCAACUGGAUCGCAGUCACAUCAAGAGCAGAAGAAUGGCUCAACCUGCUGCUGGACUACCAACGACAGAUGCAGAAGUUGGAUGGAGAGAUAAAGGAAGUGAACGAAUGGAUCGACGGAGCAGAGAAAAAGAUGGAAGAGAUGGACAGCCAGGGGCCCAACGACGCUGUGCUGAAGGUGUUGCGUGCAGAGCUGGAGCUGACGAGGGGUAAGAUGGAGGAGGUGAGAGCUCUGGCCCAGGAGCUCAUGUGCACCAGGGGAGAGAACUGCCAGGCCCAGGUGGGACCCAAAGUGGAGCAGCUCAACCAGAGAUUUGACACCAUCGCAGAACACAUCGCCUCCAGGCUGAACGCAGCGUCAGCCAAGGAGCUGGAGCAGUACCACAGUGAAGCACAGAUCUGGCUGGAGCUCCUGGAGGAGGAAGUCAAACAGGGGGAAAACCUCAAGGAGGAGGACUUCCAGGAGGACAAGGACUGUGAGGAAAGUGCAGUGAAGGAGUUACUGUUGAAAGGCGAGAAUCUACAGAAGAGAGUCCCGGAUCAGGACAAGAGAGAGCAAAUCAGGCUGAAGCACAACCAGCUCAACAGCAAGUACAACACUGUCAAGGACCUGCGUGUGCUAAGGAACAGGAAGGCGUUGGCCAUCGCUCCCCAGUGGUACCAGUACAGGAGGAAGUCGCAUGACCUCCUAGCCUGGCUGGACGAUAUCCAACGCAGUGUGGACCAGCUCCCUGACCCCCCCGAAGGAGAGAGGGUCAAGGAAAUUGGCUCAGAGUUCGACAAGAAGAAGGAGGAGCUUAACGAGGUGCAGGGCUUAGCCAAUCAGCUCUCAGAAGCUGGAGCCGCCAAUCUAGUGGAGCCCCGCCAACUCCAGCUCAGCACGCGCUGGGUUGAGGUGGAGGGCAAGUUCAUACCCUUCAAAAGACUAUGUGAGUACCUAACAGAGCUGCAGGCAUUGCUGCGUUCAGUGUCAGAGACGGACUUCAAGCUGAACUCUCCUGAAUACUGGCCUGCAGCUUAUUAUAACCUGCCUCAACAAGAGCACUGCCUGAAGGAGGUGAAAGGGAGCAUCGAUGAGUUGCAAUGCCCAGUGGCUGGAGCAGUGGCCCGCAGAGAGGAGAUGGUAUCUGGAGCUCGGCCUCUGGAGGGUCAGAAGAUCCAGGAGACCACCGCCCUCCUCAAUACUAACUGGGACAAACUGAAUAAGCUCUACCAGGACAGACUGAAGCGUUGGCAGGAUUGCAAUUCGAAGUGGCAGAAGUUUGUUUCGGAUCAGGAGGUGAUGGAGAAGUGGCUGACUGACGCUGAGAGCCAUUUGAGACUGGCUGAAAGUGAGCCAGCAGGACACAGACAGCACCUCAGGGACCUGACGGAGGCCGUACCUCUUCAGGAAGUGGUUUUGUGCAGAGUGAACUCUGUAGGAGAGGACAUCAGCCAGUUGAGCACACCAGACGAUGCAUCGCGGCUCCGAACACAGCUCAAAUUACUCAACACUCGCUGGGCUAACGUCGGCAAGCAGCUCAAUGAGCGCAAGAGGAGGUCUGCAGAGGCACGCACGGCGACUGCAGAGCUGCAGGAGAACAUGGGCUCCAUGCUGGGCUGGUUGGACAAAGCAGAGCGCAUCCUUGACAUCCCUUUGCAGCCUGCAGAGCCACAGCACAUCAGAGACACUCUGGGCAAAGUCCAGGCGUGUGUGGAGGAGCUUCCUGCCAAGAAGAUGGCGAUGGAGGACCUGAACUCCAGACACAAACAGAUAACGCUUCCUGCGGACAGACAGAAAGACAUCAGGGUCAUCAACACUCGCUGGGCUCAGGUGUCCAAGGCUCUGCCUGAGCGUCAGCUGGAGAUUGAGGGUCUGCUGAGGGAGCUGGAGAAGUUUCAGGGUCAGCUGGACGUCCUCUCAGCCUGGGCAUCUAGCGCCAGGGCCAAGCUAGAGCACAGCCCUGAGGAGCCGCCACCAAGGCUCGUUGAAGAAGUGCAAGUCAAGCAGCCAGAAGUGGAGUUGGUUUUGGAGCGAGCUGAUCAGCUGUACAAGGACAGUCGUCCUAGCCAACCAGACAAGGUGAAGUAUGUCAAGCUAAGGGAAGACUGGACUGUGAUCCUGGAGCUGGUGCGGCAGCAUAAGGAGAGGAUGGCUGCUCUGCUAGUAGCCAAAAAAGCCAAUGAAAGUUUGACAGGAAGUUCCCAGCCUGAAUCUGCGGCGCUGGCUCAGUUCAACAAGUCCUGGGCUGAGCUCACCGAUUGGCUGACCAUGCUGGAUAACAUGGUGCAGAACAAACGUGUGGUAGUGGCUGACCUGGAUGACAUCAACGACAACAUCAGCAUUCUCAAGGUGUCUCUGCAGGAGCUGGACCAGCGUCGCCCCCUCCUUGAGAGACAAGUCACAGCAGCCCAGAACCUGAAGAACAAAACCAGCAACCAGGAGACCCGUAAUGCUAUCACUGAACGCAUUGACAGGCUUCAGACUCACUGGGAUGACUCUCAGACCAAACUCUCUGAUAGGACAAAGCAGCUCCACAAUAUGCUGCAGGACUCUACUGAUUGGCUGGAUGCCAAGAAGAGAGUAGAUCACCUCAUCAAACGGGCCAGUGAGAGGUUGGAGUCCUGGCAGGAAAUCACAUACACGGUGGAAGCAUUGAAGAAACAAAACGCCGAACUGAAGCUCUUUGUGAAGGAGCUGGAGCAGUGGCAGGGUCAGGUAGAUGAAACCAAGGUACUGGCUGACAAACUCCUAACACUGUAUGCCAAUGAUGACACACACAAGGUCACCCAGGUCAACGACAACAUGGUGGUGACCUGGACACACAUCAACAGGCGUGUUUCGGACAGAGAGGCGGCUCUGGAGGCAGCUCUGAAGCUAUUGCAGCAGUUCUACCUCGAUCUGGAGAAGUUCCUCAACUGGCUGACAGAGGCUGAGACGACCUGCAACGUUUUAAUAGAUGCCACCAACAAGGAUAAAAUGCAGGAGCAGCCGGAGGCAGCCAGGAACCUGCUAGCACAGUGGAAGGACCUCCAGGCCGAGAUUGACAGCCACGCAGAACUGUAUCACUCUCUAGAUGACAACGGGCAGAGAAUUGUGACCUCACUGGGGGACUCAGAGGACGGUUCCCUGCUCCAGAGACGCUUGGACAACAUGAGCCACCGCUGGAACGACCUGCGCAACAAGACCCUUAGCAUGAGGGCCCAUUUGGACUCAGAGAUGGCCUCGUGGAAGAGGCUCCAUAUGUCGCUGCAGGAACUGUUGAACUGGCUGAGACUCAAAAGUCAACAGCUCGAAAAGGAGCCGCCUGUAGGGGGGGACGUCCCAGCCGUGCAGACACAGCUGGACACACACCGAUGCUUCAGGAGGGACUUGAGAGCUAAAGAGCCAGUUGUGACAAAGGCUCUGGACGAUGUGGGAGUCUUUCUAUCUGUGCUGCCACGAGACACACCAUCACCUGAGCAGAGAGAUAUUAGCCCAGAGGAGCGUGCCCAGAACAUUGGGCGAGUCUUACGCAAAGAAGCAGAUGACGUGGUGACCAAGUGGGAUAGGCUCAAUGCCGACUCGGACGACUGGCAGAGGAGGUUGGAACUGGCUCAGGAUCGCCUUAUGGAGCUCCAGGAGGCGGAGGACCUGCUGGACGGACAGCUGAGGCAGGCAGAGAUGGUAAAAGAGGCGUGGGAACCUGUUGGUGACCUGCUGAUCGACUCCCUGCCAGAGCAUAUCGACAGAGUCAAGGAGUUCCAGGAAGAGAUUGCUCCGAUUAAGGAUGACGUAAUACACAUGAACCAGUUGGCGUCCACUUUUGGUCCACCCGACAUCCAGUUGUCGCCUAGCAACCUGGAACGCAUUGAAGAUCUCAACACGCGCUGGAGGCUGCUCCAGGUUACCGUGGAUACAGGAAAAGGCAGCUCAGGCAGAAAUGGAUUGGGUGAGGUGGACUUAAAGAUCUCCAUCAAUGAACAUCUAAAGCAGCUGACAGACGCUCACAGGGACUUUGGCCUUCUGCAUGCAGGAUCUGUAGAGAGCCCCUUUGAGCAGGGUAUCUCCCCAAACAACGUGCCCUACUACAUAAAUGAGAAACAUGGACCUGACCAGAUGACCGACACCCUCCACCAAACCCAGACAACAUGCUGGGACCAUCCCAAGAUGGCCGAGCUCUACCAGUCUCUGGCCGACCUGAACAAUGUGCGAUUCUCGGCCUACCGAACAGCCAUGAAGCUCAGGCGCCUGCAGAAAGCUCUCUGCUUGGACCUGCUGAGCAUGCCAAUGGCGUGUGAGGUGUUUGAUCAGCAUGGUCUGAAGCAGAACGAGCAGCUGCUGGACAUCUCCCAGCUGGUCACCUGUCUGACCAGCCUGUACCAGCAGCUGGAGCAGAGCCACUCUCACCUGGUCAAUGUCCCACUGUGCGUGGACAUGUGCCUCAACUGGCUGCUCAACGUCUACGACACUGGUCGCACCGGAAAGAUCCGGACUCUAUCAUUUAAAACUGGAAUAAUCUCACUCUGCAAGGCUCACCUGGAGGACAAAUACAGAUUCUUGUUCAGACAGGUUGCCAGCGCAACAGGUUUCUGUGACCAGCGUCGCCUGGGCCUCCUCCUCCACGACUCCAUCCAGAUCCCCCGGCAGCUCGGCGAGGUUGCCUCUUUCGGGGGCUCUAACAUCGAGCCUUCCGUCCGCAGCUGCUUCCAGUUUGCCAACAACAAACCAGAACUGGAAGCCGCCAUGUUCCUGGACUGGAUGCGCCUGGAGCCUCAGUCCAUGGUGUGGUUACCCGUCCUGCACCGUGUGGCUGCCGCUGAGACUGCCAAGCACCAGGCCAAGUGUAACAUCUGCAAGGAGUGUCCUAUCAUAGGAUUCAGAUAUCGGAGUCUGAAACAUUUCAACUAUGACAUUUGCCAAAGCUGCUUCUUCUCCGGUCGCGUUGCCAAGGGACAUAAGAUGCAGUACCCCAUGGUCGAGUACUGCACUCCGACUACAUCAGGGGAAGAUGUCAGGGACUUUGCCAAGGUACUGAAGAACAAGUUCAGGACUAAGCGCUACUUUGCCAAACAUCCACGCAUGGGCUACCUGCCUGUCCAAACCAUCCUGGAGGGGGACAACCUGGAAACUCCUGUCACUCUGAUCAACUUCUGGCCCGUAGACCAUGCGCCUGGAUCGUCCCCUCAGCUCUCACAUGACGACACACACACUCGGAUCGAGCACUACGCCAACCGGUUAGCAGAAAUGGAGAAUCGUAAUGGCUCUUAUCUGAAUGACAGUAUCUCACCCAAUGAGAGCAUCGAUGACGAGCACAUGUUGAUCCAGCACUACUGCCAGUCUCUGAACCAAGGCUCUCCUCUCAGCCAACCCCGCAGCCCUGCCCAGAUCCUCAUCUCCAUGGAGACGGAGGAGAAGGGAGAGCUGGAGAGGGUCCUCAAUGACCUGGAGCAGGAGAACAGGAAACUACAAUCCGAGUACGACCGUCUGAAGAAGGCCCACGACAGGAAGGGCCUGUCCCCGCUCCCAUCGCCCCCAGAGAUGCUCCCGGUGUCGCCACAGAGCGCACGCGAUGCAGAGCUCAUCGCCGAGGCCAAAUUACUGCGGCAGCAUAAAGGACGUCUGGAGGCCCGUAUGCAGAUACUGGAGGACCACAAUAAACAGCUGGAGUCCCAACUGCACAGGUUGAGACAGCUGCUGGAGCAGACGGAUUCCAAGGUGAACGGCACAGCACUGUCCUCUCCCUCCACCUCCUCUCAGCGCUCUGACUCCUCCCUCCCUCUCCUCCGUGUGGCUGCCAGCCAGACUACUGAUACAAUGGGUGAUGACGAGCUGUCCAGCCCUUCCCUAGAUGCAUCUGGGCUGGAGGAAGUGAUGGAACAGCUCAAUAAUUCUUUUCCUCAUAGCCAGGAAACCCAACAACUCCCCCAAAAGCAUGAAUUUGGUGCGACAGCAGCGGGGAAAAACUUCAGACAGAACCUGGCUCUUGGAGGGAGAAGGGGACACCCAUGAAAGGUCCCAGUAUUGGCAAUUUGUUCCACAUGGCUGAUGAUCUGGGCCGCGCUAUGGAGACACUAGUCAACGUGAUGACAGACGAGCAGAGCGCCGAACAGCACGAGGCCCUGCCCUUCUGAUCCAGCCCCCCCAACCUCCCUCUCCUCUUCCUCCCUCCCUACCUAUCGCAUGCUUUUCUAGUCAAAACAACUGGAUUGGAAAUACAGUUUACAGAGAGAAUAUAUAACGUCUAUUUUUGUGAAGGAUUGUGGUUUCAGCAACGAUGCGUAAAAAACAAAAGAAAAACAUACCUUGUAGAUUUCAGUAGUUUCUUAAAAUGUCCUGAAGUUGUUUUAUUAUUAACAGAGGCUGGUUUUUAAAAUUCUAUGCAAUUGUAUAAAACAAGAGUGUGAUGGGGAGAGGGCAAAGACAGAUGAUAUACAAGUAAGUGUGUUAAGUGUGGUCUAAUAUUUGCCAUCUCUUUGUAACUGGGGAAAUAGCAGAAGCAUUUCAGACAUUUGUAUAAAUAUGAAUGAUUGUAAUCAUAAGGGUGCUUUCUAAGAGGAAAAUGUCUUUCUAUAACAGCGUACACUACUGUCAAGGUAAUGCAGGCAUCCUGGAUCUUUACAGUACGUUGUCUGUGAGACUGUGUGUGAGUUUGUGUGUGUGUGUUUGUGUGGUGGUGCCUAAUUUCCACAUUACAGCUUUUUUUUGGCUUUGGCUGGCAAACCUCAUAUUUGAAUUAUUAAUUUAUCUACUCAUCCGUCCAUCUAUCCAUCCAUCAAUCUGUUCAUCAUCUCUAUGAUUAACAUCUCUAUAGCAACAGUUUUUAUCCCUUUAUUUGUUUUCAACACAGUGUACUGUGUGCAUAAACAGAUGCUCUAAUAGGCUCGAUUCAGAACUGAGACAAGUCAACAAGGUCACUAGAAACCUAAUGCACAUACCGUAAUGAGAAAUAAUUAGACAUAAUUGGACAUCAUUUGGAUUCCAUUUUCAAAUCAUCAAACUACAUAUUUUGUGGUUGUUCCAUCUUGUGAAGGGCUCCUUGAAUGGGUGGAAUAUGGUCUCAAAAAUAUAAAAUGCAAGUUUCCUUCAAAAACAAUCCAAGGCCCACUGUAGCGUUUUGCAAUAUAAAAUGCCUUUAUCGAAAAGUGGCUAAUGGUAUGUUACUGGUGGUACAGCAUUGCUCACUUGAGCAGCAUAAGCCGAUACCCUGGCGGUUUAUGUUGCUCACUACAGCGGCAUGUCAGAGUGGUAUGCCGCUUGUGUUCCACCGGCAAAUACCAUUUCUUAACCACAGUUAAAAAUGAUAGGCUACUGUCAGCGACAAACAGUAAAGAAAUUUAAUAUAUCCUUGCUGAAGUAACCAAAAUAAAUAUUAGAGCUACCCUUAGCUAACAUGGCUAUUGUUAGCCUAGCACGGCCGUGCUCUCUCUCGCUUGACCUACACACACAUCUACAGCUUGCAGUUUAGUGUGGGCGCUGAACAAAAUCAAGAUGUAGAUGUUAAUCAAAUUGUUAAUGUAUUAAUCGUAUAUACAUUGUUAUGAUUAAUCCAAAUAAACAAGUUAACUUUGUUGGGGAAACUAAAUGAGUUAACUGCAGCUUCACAAGGUAAUCAAAAUCUUUCUCAUAACAGUACAAAAAAAGAGCAAAAGAUAAAAUAGGCAGAGAACCAGCUGAGUAACACCUUUUGUCGGAUAAACUUCACUGCAACAGCUGCUGAAAAGACCCUGACAUCACGGUGCUCUGUACCCGGCUCACAGUCACCUUAUGUCUGCUAAACUCAACUGCAACGGCCGCUGAAAGUGCUGGCUGGGUUCAAUUUGCUUAAGCCGCUACUGAAGGUCUGCAGCAUGUGUGGACUCUGUGUUGUGUGCUGGCAGCUGUUUGUUGACGUUUGCAAACUUAAUUUGUAAGCUAUCGUUAGCUAGUGUUGCACCUAUGCAUCCAAUAACAAGGAUGUGUCCAGGCAAUGAGUUCUAGCCAAUCACAGCACAGUAGAGUGGGACUAGGCAGUGGACUAGACAUGUUGACAUCCCUGCUCAGCAUCACAGGUAAACUGACUCAUGACUGUGAUUGGCAAUCACUUGCCUGACAUACGUUUUUACUGGUAUCAGGCCAUCAGACCAUUGCUUUUGCCGAAUCCUGCCCUCUGGUCUAGCAGUAUUAUCAGAAGUCAUACCAUAAGUAGAUUGAUUAUUACCUUUUUAGGAGAAAAGGGAGCAAGUUUCUUUUAUAUCCAAACUGGUCAUCAGUUUGUAUAAGUGGAUUCUCAAAGCAGCCUAUAACCAAUAUUGAGUAUUUUUGAGGUGCAGCUGUUUAUCUUCGGUUUUGCAACUGACUUCUUCAGAAAGAACUUGUAUUUUUUUGAAAGAAAAACAUCUGGUUAUUGCACUGGUAGAUCUUAAGUAAGGAUUUUUAUUUCUCCAAAUGUAUCACUAAGAUGCUUUCUAAGUGUCUUUUUAGGGCCUGUUGAGUACAAACAGUACACUGUAUUGGUUUAUAAGUUGAAAGUUUCUUCCUGUCAGAUGUACUGUAAGAAGAAAUUAGAACUUAGAAGAAUGUAAUUUUAAUUGAAUCUGAGCACUACAUGUUAACAAGGCUGCUAGUUGAGAUUAUUGGAAUUCUUUUGUUUGAACACUAAAUGUUUUAGGAAGUUUUAGGAAGCUCAGUAACGAAAGCUCUACCUCGUCUGAAUUGUCAAAGUCCAGUUCGGAGGCAAUUUCUCUACUGUACGCAACCCGACACUCCUUUCAGAUUGUUGAUUAUUAAUUGAAUAUUGCCGAAUAGUUGACUUGUUCUACUGUACUGCACUGUAGGAGCCUCCAAUCUGAAUGUUCGGAUGCACUCACUGCAUUUCUCAUCUCUAUCAGAGAUUUAUGACUCAAGUAUAAAAACUUGCAUUUUACACAAAUCAAAUUAAUCUGUGUGCACUACUGUCAUACCUGGGACAUACUAGAUAUUUGUUUUGUGUUUUGCUUUUAUUCUAGCAGUCUAUUUGUCUUUGGUUAAAAACCUAUUUUGUUUUGUGCUGUGAGGUGUUGAGCAUGUGUGACUUAAAUAAACUCCAACCUUAUUUAAUGUAUAUCCAAUCAGAGAAGUCUGUGGUGAACAUCGCAGCGGUAUACACUUGUUUUGAUCCAGACACUGAAUUUGAUUGCUUUCUUAGUUUUAAUGUUUCUGUUUCAUUCUCACAUCAUUUUUCAAAUAACCUGUCAAUACUUCACAACAUAUCAGAUUCCACCAAAUAUAUGCCUUACUACUGUAUUAUAAAAUGCUUUACUGUAUAUCAAUAAAGCACGCAGUUAUGUUGAUUUAGCCUC